AUGAAGCAAACAAUGUCUAAUCUUUUAGUACGUGUUCAUUGGCUAAACAAAUCUAGAGCUUUCAGGUUAUUAUGGUUAUUGGAUCAUCUAAAGGUCGAAUAUGAAAUUAUUCCAUACAUGAGAGUAAAUAAUCGUGCUCCAGAAUCUUUGAAAAAGAUACAUCCCUUAGGUAGAAGUCCAAUCCUUGAAAUUGAGGACAAAGUUACUGGCAAAAAGAAAAUUCUUGCAGAAUCUGGAUAUAUCUUUCAAUAUGUUUUAGAACACUUUGAUACCGACAAUAUCCUUAAAAAUGAAGAUAUCGAUAUGAAUGAAAAGAUUCAAUUCUAUUUAUUUUAUACAGAAGGUUCAUUACAAUCUCCUUUAAUGAUGGAAUAUAUUUUAUCGUUAGCUAAGGAAUCCCCAUUCCCAAUAUCUUAUUUGGUUACAAUUGUUGCUAAUAAAAUAAGUGAAGCUUAUUCGAAAGGUGAAGUUAAAAAUCAAUUAGAUUUCGUUGAAGCCGAAAUUGCUAACAAUCGUGGUUAUUUAGUAGAUGGUAAAUUGAGUGGUGCUGAUAUUAUCAUGUCCUUCCCAUGCCAAAUGGCUUUCCUCCGCAAAUUUGCUAAAGAAGAAGAUUAUCCACUCAUGAAAAAAUGGUUGGAAACAAUCACUGCCACUCCAUCUUACAAAAGUUCAAUAGAAAAAGUGCAUGCGUUGGGAUCAUCCAUGUAA